ACACUCCGCUCUUCAAAUGAGACAAACACGUUGCUGAAUGUCGUUGUUUAAGGAAUGUGUGGUCGUUAAAGUGCCCGAGGAAACCUCAGUGUAAUAACCCUGUUCACAGUCGGUGGUUUGUUGUGGUGUGUGCCAUGGUGACAUAGGGGUGGGUCUUCGGUGGCAAGUUUUGCGGUUUUCAAGACAACCGACCCCUCAGAGAACUCUAACCUGUGUGCGUUAGUCUAGUGAAAACUCUGUCCGCUGAGUCGAUGAAGUAAAUGUGUCUGAUAUAGCAGGAAUUUCAUCUCAAGAAAUCUCCUCUUCCUCAAAACUGAAGUCCGAGUCCUCCUUAGCUGCACCUCUUGGCUGUUAGCAGCUUACUGACAUGAUCCGGGAUCUGUAAACUUCUGUAGCCAUGUCUUUGAAAGUGCACCGCACUGCUGAGCUGGGUCAACAAGAAAGGAUGCAAAGGGUUCCUGUGCCUGGCUGAGACCACAACUUAAGAGACAACAAUUGGCUGAAGGGGUGAAUGGAGACAAGAAAAAGCACCACAGCAGGGGUUCUUUUCUGGACCCCUGCCCCGGCCCACACCUCACCCAGCAGCUCUGUAAUAUCUGAGGAUUUGUGGGAGGAUGAGGAUGACGAACAGGCAGGUAAGGAUGCUGACUUUGUCAGCCAAAUGGACGAGAAUGGCAUCAUUGGACUGUCGGAAGCACUGGAGCAUGUGGAGUUGGUGGAAGAUGCAGAAUAUGAUCCAAACUUUUACCCUGGACGGCGAACCACAGAGGAGCCUGAUCUUUGUAGGCAUGAGGUGGGUACACCACAUGAGGAGCUGAGUUACAACCUGAGUGAACAUCUGUCCCACUCUGAAUCACCAGGAGAGGAUGGACAAAUACUGUCACCAUAUGAUGACUUGAUAGGCAGCUUCACAGCUCAGGCAGUGGAUGAGGACGCGCAGGGUAUCGGGUGCCUUCUUGAGAGAGACAAAUACUUGGACAUGACAGAGAUGGGAAAAGAUGGAAAGGAGGCGGGUAAGAGGAGUGACCGGAAGAGAAAGAUAAUUGAACACAGUAGCACUUUAGGAGAGCUUAGAACUCAUUAUGGAUUGGCAGAAAGCUCUUCGCCAUAUUGUAGUGCUCACCUGCAAGCCAUGGAACCUGCUGGAGACUCCAGUCAUCGCUGCCAAACAUCCCAUCCUGCCUCACCCGUCACAGCCUCCUCUUUAGCCCACCUGCUCCGCUUCACUGCUGAGGAGAUGGCUGCUUGCCCGAGGAUUGAAGCUGAAACUUUUCCAGAGAUCAGCUUCACAGAAAGUCUUCCAGAUUCACACAGGAGCCACAGAAGCCUCAAGUCCAGUCCUCGUCCCGAAAUAAAACUCACGGCCUUUACUCGGCCAGCCUCCACAAUUUCUGUUGAAGUCACAUCAAAUCAUUACAGUGGGGUAAAUAAUGGGCCUUCAACGGGAUCAUUUAAGUCAGACAAGCAUGACAAACAGCCCACUCCAUCACCAAGGAAGAUGAAGCAGCAGUCCCCUAGAGCUGCAUAUUCAUCUGGUUCCCUCGGCACAGACUCCUUAAAAUGUAAACAUCAGACCUCAAGUCCAGACAGAGAGCUGAGGACACCCAGAGCCAGAAGUAAUGCUGCUGAAGUGGAUGAACCCAGUAAAGGGUCUUUGAGCUUCCGCACACCAGACUUCUCCAAAGUGGAGCCCAAGGUCCGUUUUCCCAAAGCUGGUUACAAGCCCCCCAAAAGCAGACGCUCUUUCAAAAGGGACUCCCUGUCACCAGAGCCCCCCUUGGUGUUUAAAUCCCCUGCUGACAUUGUGAAAGAAGUCCUGCUCAACAUCCCCGAUGGAUCUCCUGCCCCGCAAGAUUCUUACACACUACCAGCCAGUGCCCCCGACUUCACGGUGCCUCAGGAGUUCAGAUCCCCCCGGCACGCCACCACACUGCUCGAACAGCUGCAGGAGCAGUACAACACACUGCUGACUAAGUACGCUGAAGCAGAGAACACCAUUGAUCGUCUGCGUCUGGAAGCCAAGCAGCCCAGACAAUGUCAGCACGGCACAGGCAGAGCGCUACAGUACAUCAGAGCAAACGCUAAGCAAUUUCAGAAAAGUGGGAGAGGAAAUGAGGAGAAAGAAAUGAAGGAGAAGGAGAGACAGGAGUGUUGUGAAGUGAACCUGUACUCUGACCCUCCGAAGCCUGGCCACUCUGUGCAGUCAGGACUGAACCAGAGAGCCUCAAGGAUCAUGAUGCUGGAUUUUCCUCAGGCUCAGAGAGCAGAGACCAAUUCUGCUUCUCUUAAUCCAAAUGGACACAGCACUCCUCAGAGAAGUUCAUCAGCCGGUCCUUCAACAAGAAGCCCAGUACCUCAGGUGGGACAGCAGCUGGCUGUAAUUCUCUACAUUCAAACUGACAAGUUCCUCCAGCAGCUGCAGACCUUUGAGGAUCUUUUGAAGUGCAAGAAACUCAAACCUUUGGAAGAGGUGAAGGGCGUCUCACAGCUUACUGAGGGGCUCGACUCUUUAGAAAGGGGCUACCUGUUAGCGAGGGAUCAGCACAAACUCCUGCAGCAGCAAGGAGCAGAAAUCAGCCACUUUGACCCUGAACGGGAGCUGGAGGGGCUGAUUUUCCAGUGUGGGCUGCGUAUGGAUGAGCUGAAGGAGCUGGUGGAACAGACGCAACAAGAGCAGUCCACCUGCAGAACUCCUUCCCCUUCAACUCCUCUCCCAAACUCUUCAUCUGUCCCCUCUGAGGGGGGAGAAAUCCUGACACAACCACAGGGCCCACCUCAGCCUUGGAUGGUUGAUCCAGGACAGGCAGCAGUAGAGGUGAGCUCAGUCAGUGAAGAGAGUGAUGAAGAAACUCUGAAUUCUCUAGACCUCAGUGCUCUGAAUGAACACAGGAGGAGGGAACAAGACUUUGCGGAUCACAACCAAAGCUUCCAGGAACUUCCCAAACAUAUAGACCACAGCCAGAGAGAGGGAGCUCGCCCCCCUGCUGCUGGAAGAACCAACAUGCAGCCUGGGGAGGAGGAGGAGGAGAGACAGAGUCAAGGAACUGGAAGCAUGGAUGUCACGAAAAGUCUUCUGCAGAGGAAAUCAGACCAUGUGGACUCUCCUCCUCCUUGCACGAGCAAACAGCAAACCAGCAGGACUAGUCCUCCUUCACGUAGGGCCUCCAGCCAGUCCACCACGUUCCCCGUUGAUCCUACCAGCAGCAGAAGGUUAGAGGUGGGAAAGUCCCACAGCAGCAGCCUGAGCAGUCUGGGAGAGAUCAACACAUCGCAGAGGAGAAACUCCAAACUCCUAAGUGGGAGCAGCAGAGUGCUUUCUCAGGAUGGGAUCAUCUCUCCAGAGACGGACAGUGGGUUUGUCGGUUCAGAGAGCAGCCGUCUGACUCCUGCAGCAGCUCACAGUCCUCUCCACCAGAGGGCCUCAGAGAGUGUUCCGGGGCCUCAGGAUGGGAAACCUCGGAGGCCUCAGACAGGCCCGAUCUCAGCACCACCUCGCGCCUCCUCACCGACACACAGUCGCACGGCUAUGGAGCCCAACAAGGGCUGCCAGCUCGCUUCUGAGCAGCCGAGGAGAAGUAGACAGGGGAGGAGGGGACGCACCUUCUCCUGCUCUCCACAGCGCUGGAUCAGUCAGACAGAACGAAGCAGGGCUGGCAGUGAGACCAGUGAGUUUGGGCUGCAGAGUGACAGCAGUCACUGUGUGUCUGAAGACGAACAGAAUGACCGGUACACAGACUCUAUCAGUCCCCUCCACAGCUCCAGCCUAAGCUCCUCCCCUGCUGAGCGGCGUCACCAUGGCAAUUCUCUCCAAGCACUGAGCUCCAGUCAGGUGGCCAAUCGCAAUGAGGCAAUCCAGACGCUGCAGGCUGAGGUGACCAGACUGAGGGAGAGACUAGAAAGCUUUCGAAGUAACAAGAAGCCUCCGAGCACUGUGAAAGCAGCUCCUUCAGCGCCGCAGAACACAUCCACACCUCGUGUCAGGUCUGGGGAUAGACGUGGUGACAUCAGCAGGGUAAGAGGUGACAGACAGACGGUUGAUGAGGUUGAUGAGUCUACACUGAGAAGAACAGCCAGAAAUAGACCAUCCUCUGUUCACACACGAAAACCAAAACCUGAAAUUUUGACAGCUGCAGAGCCCUCUCCACCUCAGCCUCCACCUCUGGUGUCCAGAUGUACUCAAACAUCCACUGCAGCACCGGACAACUCCUGUUCACACACACACACUGUCCGCAGCAGAACACACCCCAGGCAGCAGUCUGGUGUGUCUGUACAAGUGUGCCAGACAGCAGAUGAACCUGACAGGGGAAGUCGGCAAGCGCCUCUUUGUCCUCAGUGUUUGUCAAGUCAACAGGGGCGAGCUGGAGGGCCACUUGGUGGCAACAAAGAGCCGACUCACUCCUCUCGCUGUCGUCACUGUCCUGUCUGUGGAUGCCGUGACCCGUACGCAAGCACUGAGCCAGACUGUCGCAGAGUCUCAGACUCCCCCCCACACACCCGCCACCAACCAGCCACGUCCCCCGACGGAGCGGCGAGGAGUCGACACUUUGCAGCUGCAGCUCCAGCUACACUGCUGCAGUACAUGCCAGUGUGUUCGCAGCCACUCCUGUUGUACUCAGCGCCCCUCUACAUUUCUCCUGGCAACAGCACUGGCACAUCAUCAGGUGUCAGAGUUCGCGAGGAGGCGAGGGGGAGGACGAGACGCUCCCUGUCCGCGGACAAGCAGCGCUCCACGGACUCCUCUCUGAACAGAGCCAUCAGAGCAGCUCGCCACAUGAAGCACACGUCUGGGCACAUGGCUCGCUCUCUGGCGGCUGGACUGCACUACCAGGAGCUGCUCUCUCAGUCCUGCAGCUACUAGCCUGAACUCACCCCACAGGCCGCAAUGUUAACUUGAACACCGGCAGAAUGAGGCUGUCCACAUGACAGCAGGAGCUGACAGUGAGUGAGCACUGAAACGAGUAAAUUAAAAAUCUAAAAUCCUUA